CAGAAGUCGCAAAAAAAAACAAGCAGAACCGUCCGUCAUGACGUACGGAACGUGUGUGAAGUCCAGUGAAAAAGUUUUUAGUUUAUUAAAAUUUAAACCAAUUAUUUAUGUGUAGUUUUUGUGUAGAAAGUUUAAACACUUGAAUACAAUAAAAAUCGCGACUGUCGUGAAUCGAACUAGUGAUUAAACGAUGUCCAAGAAACCACUAUCACUCACAAGAUUAAAAAAUGAUUCUUCCAAAAAACAAACUAGCCUGACGGCGUUCAUGGCGAAGCAGAACAAGCAAGAGCUAGAAAGUGAUGAAAAUGUCAAAACAGAAAAAUCAGCUCACUCGAAUGUUUCGGCCGAUGAAGCAAAAAUGCGGUCUCCCAGUAUAUUCAAACCAAAAUUUCCUAAGGCCAAGCAACCAUCUACCAUUGAAAUAGUUUCAAGUGAUUCAGAUGCAUCGCCUGUCAAACCAAAAAGUAACGCGUCUCGAAGGAUAAUAGACGAAUCUCACAAACCGCCCGAUAUGGAUGAAUUCGAUCUAAUGGUAUCGGGAUAUUGCAAAGAGGCCACUGCCGUGUCGAUGCAGUUAGAGUUGAACCUGGAAAGCGAUAGCCGAUACCAGCAGGCUACGAAAAAGCUGCAGGAAAAUCUGGCUAAAAUAAGCCCAGCAAAGAGUGGUGCUUCCGCCGGGACAGGGAAAUUUCAGUAUAAGGUUCCCAAGGCGACAUCUAUGCUGGCAGCUUUGGACGUUCCGCUGAAGAAACCGGUGAAUCUCAACGAAACUCCUACCAACACCGACAACGAUCCCUUUGAAACAAAGCAUGACAAACCGUCCAGUUCAACUCCAAUCGCUUCGAGUGGUUUCGUUUUCAAGCAGAAAUGUUCAACGCAAGCAUCCAACCCCUGCAAGCUAACACCAUCACAUACAACAGAUGAUGCCAAAGUUUCCAUUCAGGCAACUGCAUCCUCCUCUGGAACUAGUACAUCUGCAUCGACACAAAAUAAUCCAAGCCAACGGCACAACUCGUCGGUUAACAAAGUACUCCAUGCUAGAACAAAUGGAAACGUUUCCACUGAUUUUGAACGCUCACUGAGUCCCGCUAGGAACAACCCAAAAGUCACGUUCGACCCAGAUUUGGACGAUUACAUGGUGGAAGUGUUGAACAGCCCAUGCUUUAAAUCAAGUCAACUGUCGCAAUUAUCUCUCAAGGCGAACCGUCUUUCGCUGCAGGAAAUACAAAAAUCAUUGCUGGAAAAGUACUUUGACAUUCUCAGCCAACUGCCUAUUGAUUUUUUUAAUUCAGUAGAUGGAUUCCGCACUGAUACGUACAGCAAGCUUAAAUCAUUGAUUGAAAGCGUACGAGGGAAAAUAAAAGUCAAUGAAAAGGCGGCGGCAAAUAUCAAGGCCAGCUGUUUGAUAGGAUCUCGAAAAAGUCGAAUACAAACGACUUCUACAAAGAACGAUAUAAGCGCGGAGUCAAAUGAAGCAAGUUUCAACACAUCAGGAUUUGAUCAGGAAUUCGACGAAUCUCACAAGGACUAUGUGGAUAGUACCCCACCGCCUGUCCCAUCUUCAUCAACUGCAUCACAAUCCAGCGUUUUUGUAUUCAAAAAACCUGUUUUUGGCACGACACCUAACGCUUCCGUGGUUGCGGACACAGCAGAUACAGCCAACCCACCUCAGCACGACGAAGACGAAGAAGACAUUGAAUCCAUACUGAACAACAUUCAUGAAGCAGAACUCAUCGACAGAGGGCGCGCUAAUCAAACCGACUUGAGCGCAGUGGAUCUAAUCACGCCGGAAAGCUCGUUCCGUCGACCGGAACCACGGGUCACGUUUAAUGCAGCGGAAACAUCGUUGCGCAAUACGCAGUUUAUCGAAAACGUCGAGACGCAACUGGAUGAGGACGGUUGGCAGGUGUACGAUGCCUCACAGUUUGAGGACCACAAUGAGGUUUUUAGCAUAGCAGACGUCUCCGAGGCCCUCCCAAGCACGUCCUACAAUCAACGGAACGCUCCCAAAAACGAUGCAUCUCUUUGUCGGUUUCUGGACGGUGGUAAUAACCAGGUAUCAAACGUAUCCAGCUAUCAAACAAAACCACAAAACUCACUAGGCAACUUCCAUUCCGGUGUACGGAACGACGGUUUGAGCGGAGAGUUUGAUAGAACAAACUAUUCCCAUUCGGAGCAAAUGAGGAAAAAGUUUCGUGAGAAAUUUGGCCUUAGUUCUUACCGCCCCAAUCAGCUGCAGGUGAUAAACGCCACCCUUCUGGGCAAUGAUUGCUUCGUUCUAAUGCCCACCGGUGGAGGAAAAUCUCUUUGCUAUCAACUGCCAGCUAUACUAACGGAUGGCGUCACGGUAGUGAUUAGUCCACUUAAAUCACUGAUCCUCGAUCAAGUCAACAAGCUGAACGCCUUGGACAUUCCAGCGGAACAUUUAUCCGGAAAUAUAAACUACGCAGCGGAGCAGCAAAUUUACAAAGAUCUUCAUAGUCCAAAGCCAAACAUCAAGCUACUAUAUGUUACACCGGAAAAAAUCUGCGCUUCCGGUAGGGUUGUGGAGGCGCUAAAGAGUUUAUACGACAGGAAAAAACUGGCAAGAUUUGUGAUAGACGAAGCCCAUUGCGUGUCGGCUUGGGGGCAUGAUUUUCGGCCGGAUUACAAAAGGUUGUCCAUUCUAAGGCAUAACUAUCCUUCGGUUCCUGUGAUGGCAUUAACAGCCACUGCUAAUUGCCGAGUCAGAGUUGACGUUUUAAAACAGCUCAAUAUGAAGCCGGACACCAAAUGGUUUUUAUGCAGUUUUAACCGACCUAAUCUUAAGUAUAUUGUGCUCCAGAAACAGGGAGCCGCAACGAAUUUGGAAAUCAUCGAUCUAAUAAAAAAAAAGUUUCCCCGUGUUUCCGGUAUUAUAUACUGCCUAUCGAAAAAGGAUUGUGAUAAGCUGGCGGUGCAAUUGCAAAGGGCAGGUAUUUCUGCUAGAAACUACCACGCAGGAUUACCGGAUUCACAGAGAGAGGCAACCCAAAAAGAUUGGACCGCAGAUAAGACUAAGGUGGUAUGCGCGACCAUAGCUUUUGGUAUGGGCAUAGACAAGCCAGAUGUACGCUACGUUAUUCAUCAUUCGAUGCCGAAGAGUAUAGAAGGCUACUAUCAGGAAGCGGGCAGAGCAGGUCGGGAUGGCGAAUUAUCCACUUGCAUACUGUACUACAACUAUUCGGACAUGUUGCGUUUCAGAAAAAUGAUGGAUUUCGACAGCUCAAUUUCUUUUGAGGCGAAAAAGGUGCAUCUGAAUAAUCUAUUCCGAACAGUCGGUUACUGUGAGAAUCUAGCGGACUGUCGACGAGCGCAACAGUUGAACUAUUUUGCUGAACAUUUUACCCGAGAGCAAUGCUUGGAGAAUCGAGCAACUGCCUGCGAUAAUUGUCUGAUGCAAGAUGAAUACAAAACAAUAGACGUUACAGAUGACUGCAUAGCCAUAGCAAAAAGUGUACGAGAUUUGUGUUCUGGGAGGAACAGAUUUACAUUACUGUAUCUGGUAGAAAUUUUCAAAGGAAGCGAACAGAAGAAGAUCAUCGAUAACAACCAUCAUCAAACUCCGUACCAUGGACGUCUGAAGGCGUGGGAUCGAAACGAUAUUCAGAGAUUGAUGCAUAAACUGGUUAUUGAGGACUACCUCAAAGAGGACCUUAUUUUCAGUAAUGAUAUUCCUCAAGCAUAUAUCAAAAUCGGAGCCAAUAUAGAAAAGCUAAUGAAUCGCAGCGUGCGUGUAAACUUUUCGGUAAAAGAGAAAACCGCUGCCAAACGAAUUCAACCAGUUGAAAUUGGCAUCGAGCCAAAACUCGACAGUCAAAGCAAAACGAAGCUUAAGGAGUUGCAGGAGCAUUGUUACAAUGACUUGCUGGAGACUUGUCGAACAAUUGCAGCUGAAAAGGACGUUACACUUGCUUCGGUUAUGCACAUGCAAGCUCUUAAGGACAUGGCCGAGCGUUUACCGGAGACGGAACCGGAAAUGUUGGCAUUGCAACAUGUUACGAAGGCCAACUUUGAGAAGUACGGCAAACAACUUUUGGAUAUUACCCUAAGCUAUGCCGCGCAAAAGUUAUGCCUCAUGCUUGACGUUGCCGAAGCAGCUGGCGGUGGAUCAGCAGAACAGGAUGCUGACAGCUCAGAGGAGGAUACCACUGACUGGGCACAACUGGGACGAGAUGCAUCAAUGACAAGUAGUUCGAGUCGACGUGGCGUCAAAAGAAAAAAGAAUUGGAGUCCUACAAGUCGAACAACAAAGAGAUACAGAAAGGGUAGAACAAAAACUAGAGCACGUGCAAAAACUACAAGUAGUCGCGGUGGAGGAGUGAGAAAAGCUGUUGCAAAAUCGCUUGGUGGUCGGUCAGGCGGUGCUGGAUUUGGGUUACUUCCGCUACUGGGAAAGCGGUAGCCGUCGAUUAUUGUACAUAGAAAUUUUCCUUUUUUCCUAUUUUAUUAUAAUUCUAAUAUUAAAUUUAAUUUGAUAAAAAUCCAAAAAUAUUA